AUGGUUGACGGAUACAAAGAAGUUUCAGAAUCAUUUGAUCGUUCCAAAUUUCAACAAAAUCCUUAUGGUCCUAACCCCGGUGAUUAUCUUUCCAAUGUUGGUAAUUUCCAAUUGAUUGAAUCAACUUUAAGAGAAGGUGAACAAUUUGCCAAUGCCUUUUUCUCUACUGAAACCAAAAUUGAAAUUGCCAAAGCCUUAGAUGAUUUUGGUGUUGAUUAUAUUGAAUUGACUUCUCCAGUGGCAUCAGAACAAUCCAGAAAAGAUUGUGAAGCCAUUUGUAAAUUAGGUUUAAAAGCUAAAAUAUUGACUCACAUUAGAUGUCAUAUGGAUGAUGCUAGAGUUGCCGUUGAAACUGGGGUUGAUGGGGUUGAUGUGGUUAUUGGAACUUCCCAAUUUUUAAGACAAUAUUCUCAUGGUAAAGAUAUGAAUUAUAUUGCUCAAAGUGCUAUUGAAGUUAUUGAAUUUGUUAAAUCUAAAGGUAUUGAAAUUCGUUUCAGUUCAGAAGAUUCCUUUAGAUCUGAUUUGGUUGAUUUAUUAAACAUCUAUCGUACUGUUGAUAAAAUUGGAGUUAACAGAGUUGGUAUUGCCGAUACUGUUGGUUGCGCUAAUCCAAGACAAGUUUAUGAAUUGGUAAGAACAUUGAAAUCAGUAGUGAACUGUGACAUUGAAUGCCAUUUCCAUAAUGAUACUGGUUGUGCUAUUGCGAACGCCUAUACUGCUUUAGAAGGUGGGGCCAGAUUGAUUGAUGUUUCCGUAUUGGGGAUUGGUGAAAGAAAUGGUAUUACUCCAUUGGGAGGGUUAAUGGCCAGAAUGAUUGCUGCUGAUCGUGAAUAUGUUUUAUCUAAAUAUAAAGUUCACAAAUUGAGAGAUAUUGAAAAUUUGGUUGCCGAAGCAGUUCAAGUCAACAUUCCCUUCAAUAAUCCAAUUACUGGGUUCUGUGCUUUUACCCAUAAAGCUGGUAUUCAUGCCAAAGCCAUUUUGGCCAACCCAUCUACUUAUGAAAUUUUGAGUCCAAGCGAUUUUGGUUUAACCAGAUAUAUUCAUUUUGCUAAUAGAUUGACCGGUUGGAAUGCCAUCAAAUCGAGAGUGGAUCAAUUGAACUUGCAUUUAACUGAUGAACAAUGUAAAGAAGUCACUAACAAGAUUAAGAAAUUGGGUGAUGUCAGACAAUUGAAUAUUGAUGAUGUGGAUUCAAUCAUUAAAGAUUUCCAUGCUGAUAUGUCAACACCACUUUUGAAAUCAAAUGGAGAGGGAGAACCAGAUGUUAAAAAACAAAAAGUUUAA